AUGAAGACUGUAGAAGAUGCAGCAGAACUGAAUGUUAGCCAACAUGUCAGCGCUGCCGAAGUAUCUGAUACCCAGGCUGUAAAGGAGGAAGGUGAAAGCUUUGCCGUCGAGAAAAGAGGCUAUGCGGUUGCGAUGGGAGCUAUCGCCCAAUUUCGAAUAAUGGGAGGCUGUAUUGGUCUGGCUAUUGUCACAGCCAUUCAACAUAGCUAUUUGUGCUCACAUCUGGAAUUUCUAGGAGGCGACGUGGUGGAGGCUAUCCUGCAGUCAACCUCAGGCAUUGCAACCCUUCCCACUAAUACGCAACAUUUAGUCCGUGAGACUUACGGUGCGAGUUAUGAACUUCAGAUGAAGGUCCUGGCUGGGAUGGCAGGUGCUCAAGUGCUUACAUCGCUAACGAUGUGGCAGAAAAAAUCACUUUGUAGCAGCUUAGUCUGUGUCAAUUUCUACGACUCUGAUAAACUAGGUUGCGAUCGAGCUUACUUCAAUCCAGCUCAUAUGGAUGGCGGUACAUUAACGAUUUUGGCCCGGGCCACAGGGGCAUACGAUGGGUUAGAGAUCGCCGAUCUCACAACUACAGAGAAACUUGACAGCGAAGGCAUAGGACUGGAUGCCUCUUUCAUCUCCGUCCCAGCAAUUCCGGGUGAGGUCAUUGUGCUUGCUGGGACUCGUUUACAGCGUAUUUUUGGUAAAGACAAAGUGCGUGCGUGCGUACAUAGAGUUUGCAAUCCUGCACAUAUGAGUAACAGUUCUGCUGUAAAGGAGAGACUCAGUCUUGCAAUUUUUUGCGCUCCUCCUUCAAACUUUAAUUAA